AGACAGUAUAAGGUGAAAAUACUGCGAGGGAAAUUCUUUUUGUGUGACGUAACAAGUCUGGGCGUGCGCAAGUCAGAGAUUAUUCAGGAUUCACCUUGAAGGACGUCCUUUCAAAAUGGGAGCAAGUACUUCUACUGCCGAAGAACAACCAUACACAAUACAGGUAUAUUUAAAAUGCAGGGGAAUUACUAGAUCAAACUACCUGAGAAUAGAUAGCAAUUAGAACUUCGAUGUGAAGCGAUCAAUGCGAAGAUUUAUCUUUCGAAAGUAAUUUGAUCCUGUAGCAUAUAAAUUAAGUUGGUAUUGCGUGCGUCGCUAUAUCUAGAUGAAUAAUAAUCACUAUACCUAUUAAAAAAAACCUUUAUAUUUUCAAUAAUUUCUGGCUACAGUAUGUUCAUAUUCUAGACAAUUGCGGUUUGAGAGAGUUCAACCACGUGAAAAAUACAAGGAGUGCUUCGACGUUUCUAGCGAAGGCCCGUCGGUAAGUUAGUAUAGUUGACAAAGAGCCUUCGCUUCGAAAUGUCGAUGUUCUGCUUGCAUUUCAGUUCAGGCAGUUGUAUCCGUAGCCGUCACAGACGCUUCGAGAUUUGUUCAUGUUCCUGUCCACUGAAUGACACACGCAUUCAGGGUGUCGCCAAAAGUAGUAUGCCUUUUGAAAUUUUCCUAUUGUAAUAAUUUGAAUGCCUAGUGUACCUAGGGCCGAAGCGUAAAAUACAGGGUGUAUUGAAAAACGAGACCUUAGUCUUGUUACUCUUACUCUAUUCGUACUCCAUUCUUGUUAAAUACAAGAUUUUCUACUCCUGGGAAUAUAAAAUAGCUUCUAAUUGUAUGAAUUAAAGAGCCUAAGUACUUAACUGCACAAAAAUUUGUUAAAUUAUCCGCGGGUUCAACAUAGUCAAUGGCAUUCAAAUUCCAAACAAAGGUUUGAGGUUUAAGGUUUGGUUCCUUUUUUCGGGAAAUGCUGUAUAUUCACACAACAUUGUAGUUCAUUCAUAACUUUAAUGUGUUUCAAAAUAUUCAAAUGCAGUUCUAUCAUCCAUUUCAGUGUACAGUGGAACCGUCAUUCGACUGAUAUUUAUGUAUUAGAUAAAGCCAGCAUGAGCGGCCAUGUUGUAUCAGUCUAUCAGAGUAUACAAACUCGAGACGAAAGCGAGAGGUUCUAUAUCUGAUACAACACUGACGCGAAUACGCUUUAUAUAGCUUGUGAAACUUCUCGGUGAGAACAUUCGUGUUCUUUAAAAAUUUGAAAUCAAUCAAUGAUAUUCGGUGAGAAAAUUAAACGUAGGAUUAUGUAAAUCAGCAUGAUUGUGUAUCAAACUACAAACUCCUUCACGAGCUGCAAGCUCAUGAUUUCUUUGCGUUUUCUUCAUGAAUUAUUAAUGAUUUUCACAAGAGUAUAAAGAAAUGCAUUUAAGUGGGCAAUUAAUAUUUCUGUGAAGCCAACAUUGAUCUGUGAUUUUCCAGUUUUGUACAGUUACAAAGUGCGCAAAUUUAAAAGUCCAUGUGUAAGAUAUCGCAUUUAACCGGCAGGCAUAUUUACAUCACAAGUAAGCUAUAGCACAAAACUAAUUUUGGUUUCUGACGUUAGGAAACGGUGCCUGUUAUCAGCAAGCGUACAAUUGGUAAACUGAUGGUGAAACAUUGUGGGAACGAAGGUCAGCAAGACGAUCCAACGCUCAUUGUCACCCUCAGACGAAUUCUCCAAGCGACGAUCACGAAACUGGACACAGAAUCUGAAGAGACUUGGAAGAAUGCGGAGAUCGUUAUUUAUGAUCAGCAAGGGAAUGACUUUUGUAUUCGCUCUGGAGAUUUCGUAAAUAAAUUUGUUGUCCAACUCGACGAAAAAGAUGAAAUUAAUAUAACUUGUACAAAAAGACAGAAGCGAAGUCUCGCUUCGUUUUUCACGUCCAAACCGUCAAAGCGUCGAACUAAAUCAUCCAAGCUGGCUGCGAUCGAAGAUAAAACCACUGACUCCGCUGCACAAAUACAUAAUAGCAGUUGCGUACUGUUUUAGCCGCUUUCAUAAUACAAAUCUGUUAAUUGUGCGUCUCUCAAGAUUAACUGCAUUUCGGUAUAGAGUAUAGACGCACUGAUAUACUGGGUGUAUAAGAAAAUAAUGCACUGUUGUAAAACGUCCAAUAAAAUGAAAUUUCCGCAAAAUUUGUGACAACUUUAUGUUAGUAUGGGUAGCUUGGGGUCUCCUGGUAUCCCUAUCUCAAAAUUAUUCUA